AUGUCUUGGUUAUUUAAUAAAGCUUAACAGCCAGUACAAUAACCUAAACUCCCCUCAAAUUUUGCAGAGAAAGUCUUAAACUUAGAAUUAGAUGUUGAAUCGAAUGCUGCUUCAAAAGAAGAAAUUUAAGAGCUAUUAUAAUUAUAUAGUUAAGCUGUAGAACACUAUUCUUCUAUCAAGUCUGAAAGAUACACUGUAUUUACCAAUAAAAUUCAAGCAUUAUUGAUCAAACCCUAUGUGAAUAAAAUGUUUGGAGCAGAAAUCAAACAAGAAUCAAAAUAAAUUUAAUAACAACAUGUACAAAAGGAAUAAAUCAAAAACAACAUAUAAUUCAUCUAAUAAAUGGAUAGUAAUAAAUAAGUCUAAUAGAUGAUGACGGCUGCUAUUGAUGAAAAAAUUAAGAAAGAAAAUAUCAUUGCUGAUGACUUUAAAAUGUAAGACCACAGAGUCCAAUAAAGAAUGCUAAAUCGAAUCAAAGAUCCUUCAAAAUAUAACUUAGCCAUCUCUAAAAGCACUUCUCUUAGACAUUUAAAGUUGGACAUUGAAUCCUAAAGUCAAUAAUCAGCUCUAUCAGAUGCUUUAGAAUCAGGCCAAGAGAUCAGAUCUGAUCCAGUAUUAGAUAAUAAGUAUUUGGAGACUGCUGCAUAAUAGUAAUUCCCUGAUUUCAUUAAAAAUGAUCUUGAUUAAGAUGAACAAUAAUAGCCAACUCAAAAUACAAAUCCAGAAAAUGAAUAAAUUAGUAUGCCAAUUAAGCCAUCUUAAAUUAAGGAUUAACUUUAUUAAUAUUUUAAUGAUGAUUCCUAACCAAUAGAUCAACAGAAUUGGUCUCUACAAUUAGGCGAUCUUUCUCAUCCGAAAUCAAAAAAAGUGAGAGAAAUGGUAAAUAAAAACACAGAAUUAAUAAAGUAAAAAAAAGAGCUAAAUAACAUAUUACCAUGUUGA